UGACAGUUAACGUUUCGGGUUCGGGGACCCUUCCUCUUUUUAACACUUGGAUCGACUUCCCCGGGGUUUUGUGGCAGUAGACAAGGCCAGCCUGGUUUGAUCUUCAUGGCGCUCCGUAGAGCGUCUCGCUCGGAUUGGCUGCGGCGCUCUGAUUACGGGACUUUGGAGAGAUGGCGGCGUGUCGGACCAAAGCUGUCCGCUACCUGGACCCCGUGAAGUUGGGCUCGGGGCCAGCCCGUGGAGGCGUGCGGCUGCUGGGCUCUCCGGGCCGCCUGUACGUGUGGAGCCGAUCGGAGUUUGUCUCAGUGUAUCAGAGAGACAGCGGCAUGUUGCAAAUUGUGUACAGGUUACCCAGCUCUGUAUGGCACGUGGAAGUAGACAGUAGACAUGAGCGCUUGUUUGUGCUGUGUGCCGGCAGUGGAAUAUACAGCAUAUCAUUAAACCAUAGCCUUGUAGAAGAGACUGGAGCUGGGGAAUCGCUUCUUGCUGCUUCUCAAUCGGAAUGUAACCGUGGGAUCAGCAUGCCUCGUGUCUGUGCUGUCAGGGCUGAGAGAUGCAUCAUCAGGGAUCCUGCCAUCAGCUCCUUCAUUCUGUUGGAUGACAUUGUCGUAACAGUGGUGAAGGAGGAUCGGAAAUGGAGGGUGACCUUCCUCAGACUCCCACCUCUAGGCUGCGAACUUCAGCCGUGCAGAAAAAUUGAAGACGUGGACUUUCCUUUUCAUUCCAAUUUCCCAACUUGUGAAAAAUCACCCGAAACAAUUUCCCCACCAGUGUUAUGUUGCAUUUACCCUCGGACGGUGAAAGAUUCUGAGAAGCAACUGAGGGGGGAUGCUCACAUGUCUCUCGAACCAUCUCUUUUCAGCUUGCUCUUCAGUGUGGAUGCGAACAUGCUGAACUCACCCGUCAUCCUCUGUGGGUUGCCAGAUGGGCAACUUUGUUUUGUGCCAAUCAAAUAUGUGAGCUCUGAGGCCAAAGGUCAUGCAUCACGAGUAAAAGUGCUGCACCACCUCGAACAGCCAGUAGUUUUUAUUGGGGUUGUAUCAAUAAAAGAGGAUGGGAAUGAUGAUCCCGAACACCAGCCAUCAGCAGACAAACCAUCGAUUCCUGAUGGUGUUGUGGUAAUUGGGAAAGGUGGCAAAAUAGUGAUUAUCAAGGCCAGCCUUCAAAUGGAGAUAUGGUUUCCCAACUUCAUUGAGUAUCACCUUCGAGGACCCAUAACUAGUGCUUGUUGCUGUGCUAGUACCCUUUACUACAGCACUUGUUGGGAUUUCUUCAGUAUUGAGUUUGUCCAGAGGAAAAAAUCUUUUGGAGUAACUGGGAGGACAGCAGAUCAGAGGAAUAGCCAAUCAGAUGGUACUUUACCUUCUAUCCUUACACCCAUUAGUCUGAACAUCUGUGGAAUUGUUGCUGUUUCCACGCCUUCGCUGACAGCUAACGGUAAUAAUCUAUUUACAACUUUGCUAGGAAUCUGGUUCUGAUGAAAGGUCAUCAUUUUGAAACGUUAACUCUGUUUGUCUUUUCACAGAUGCGGCCAGACCUAUUGAGUAUUUCCAGCACUGUUCUGUUUCUGAUUUCAUUGUAUUCCUUAUGCACUCCCUGUUUCCAGCAUCCUCUGAUAGGUAGCAUACAUUCAGAGAAUCUGAUGUAAGCAGGAUGCAUUGAAAGAAACUGGCUGGAGGGUUGGAUGGAAGCAAAACUAAGUAACAGUCUGCAAGGACAUGCCAGUGAUGUAGAUUCUGGAGUAGAAUAGGCAAAUGUUUAGCAGCAGUUCUGCAAUAGAAAGGUACUUGUAUUCUGAAAUCUCUCUUUAAAGAAAUCAGUUAGAAUCCCUCAAAAACCCUUCUAUUAAAACUUCCCAUUUUUGACUUCUGUUGCUAUUAAACACAAUCACAGGCUUGUGAAGGCCCCAUUGUCGUAUUUAGCAUCCUUCGUAUAAGAGCUGGCAGAUUUCUUGCUGACUGUCAGUCAAUAUUUCUUCACUGCGGAUCUCCCUCACUACAAGAGCUGCUACUGAUUCUGUGGAAGAUAGUGUCUGGAAUCAGUUCUACUAAGCUUUGUUCUAAUUUAAUUGCUCAAGGAUAUCACAUCUCUCGGGAGUGGAAAUAUUUUCUGUUCUAUGUCAUUUUAUUGCAUUAA